CGAGCUGUUAGAGAAGUUCAACUUUAGGAAAGUUUGCGCGGAAGUGAAGAGAGGGAAGAAAAACUUUCACAGAAAAACUUUCGGCGUCAUGAUGAGGAUGAUAGUGAUGAUGAUGAACCGGAUCAGUCAGACUCUCUGAGAAAGCAUUUUGCGUUGCGUUUACUGUUAAGACUUUGCUACAGAUCUCAUCAUCAUGGGAUUGCCGACUCUGGAGUUCAGUGACUCUUUUUUGGACAGUCCGGACUUCAGAGAAAGACUCAAAUGCCAUGAAAUCGAGCUGGACCGAACCAACAAGUUUAUCAAAGAGUUGAUCAAAGACGGAAACCAGCUGAUAAAUGCGCUCAAGAACCUCUCGUCAGCGGUGCAAAAGUUCUCUCAGUCCUUACAGGAGUUCCAGUUUGAGUGCAUCGGAGAUGCAGAAACAGAUGAUGAAUUAAACAUCGCUCAAUCCUUUAAAGAGUUUUCCCAGCUGCUGAACACCAUGGAAGAGGAGAGAAGACGACUGAUACAGAAUGCAGAUGAUGUUUUGAUCACUCCCUUGGAAAGAUUUCGGAAAGAGCAGAUCGGAGCAGCCAAAGAGGGGAAGAAGAAGUUUGACAAGGAGACAGAAAAGUAUUACUCCACACUGGAAAAACAUCUCAACCUGUCAUCCAGGAAAAAAGAAACCGCUCUCCAAGAGGCUGACGCUCAGAUUGAUAAGGAACGGCAGCUCUUUUAUGAUGCCUCACUAGAAUACGUCUUCAAAAUUCAGGAGGUUCAAGAGAAGAAGAAAUUCGAAUUUGUUGAGCCGCUUUUGGCCUUUCUGCAAGGCCUGUUCACGUUCUACCAUGAAGGUUACGAACUGGCCCACGAAUUUGAACCUUACAAACAACAGUUACAGUUUAACCUGCAGAAUACAAGGAACAACUUUUUGAGCACAAAGCAGGAAGUUGAAAAGCUGAUGAAGAGAGUUCGGUCUGCAGAUCAAGACCAGAAGCCCCCGGGUCAGUGGACCAUGGAGGGAUUCCUCUACGUCCAGGAGAAACGACCUUUGGGGUGCAAUUGGAUACGACAUUACUGUACAUAUGAGAAGAGCCUUAAGGGCUUCAGCAUGUGCAACACAGAGACGAAGGCCACCAAUAAACAGAAUGGAGUAACAGCGAAUCUCCCAGAGACAUUCAAACUGAAGUCCUGCAUCAGGAGGAAGACAGACUCCAUUGAUAAACGCUUCUGUUUUGAUAUUGAAGUAGUUGAAAGAAAUGCCACCUAUCGUGGAACACUUUUCAGACAACUGCAAUUUUUCUUUAAAGCCCGGCAUGGCAUCAUUACGCUGCAGGCACUGUCCGAGUCCAACAGGAGACUCUGGCUCGAAGCUAUGGAUGGCAAAGAGCCGAUCUACAAUCUUCCUGCUAUUCUAAGCAAAAAAGAAGAGACAUCUUUAAAUGAGGCUGGCUUUAAUUUUGUGAGGAAGUGUAUACAGCUGGUGGAGAUGAGAGCAGGGCUCAGCACUACAGGUUUGUACAGAGUCGGAGGAAUAAACUCAAAGGUGCAGAAGCUCAUGACCACUGUCUUCUCACCCAAAGCUCCUCCAGAUAUUGAUCUUGACCCAGAAACCUGGGACAACAAGACCAUCACCAGCGGCCUGAAGAACUACCUCAGAUGUCUUUCUGAGCCUCUUAUGACAUACAAGCUCCAUUCAGACUUUCUUAUGGCUGUCAAAUCUGAUGAUCAGAACUACAGAGUUUGUGUGGUUCACGCGCUGGUGCAUAAACUACCUGAGAAAAAUAAAGAGAUGCUGGAGAUAAUAAUCAAACACCUGCUCAACGUGUCCAUUCACAGUGAUCGAAACAUGAUGACUGUGUCUAAUCUGGGUGUGAUCUUCGGCCCAACACUGAUGCGUUCACAGGAGGAAACGGUCGCUGCCAUGAUGAACAUCAAAUUUCAAAACAUUGUGGUAGAAAUACUUAUAGAAAAUUUUGAAAAGGUAUUUCACCAGGCUCCAGACCCCAACAUCCCCCUACCACAGCCUCAGUGUCAGGGUGGGUCACGCAGGACCAGAGCCAUCUGCCUUACGACUGGACCACGUAAACCCAAGAGUCUCUACACACCCUCAAUGUGUCUGGCAGAUGCAGACAGUGACACGUUCAGCAGCAGUUCUGGCAGCACUCCAAUGGGAAGCAUGGAUUCGCUCUCCUCGCACUCCUCGGAGCAAAACAGCUCCUCCAAGACCCACUCUUCACCGCAGCCCAAAGACAAACCCCCCGACCUGCGACGGAGCCCUUCCUCCCUGUCCUCCGGUGAGCCACAGGCUCCCCCCUGCACCAGCAGUCCAGAGCCCAACUCCAGAGAGGACGCGGGCCGCGGGGAUGGAGACUCAGAGGAUUCCCGAAGCGUGGGAUCGAUCCCGGCAACAGACAGGUCUUCGCCGGCACCUGCGAAAGCUCCUCAUUUGGAAAUAAAAUUCAGAUCAGCACAGCUUAACCGCUUCAGUGCUCCGUCUUUGAGGUCCUUACACACCACUGAUGUUCGUAGGAGUUGUGUGGGCUCUGUACAGAGUCUAGCAUGUGGGAAGCAUAAAGAUGUCAACAGGGCCAUUAACUACCACGAUCUGCCAUCUAAAAUGGCUCUGCGUCGAAAGCAAGAUGACAACAAAUCCAGCAAUGGCUAUCAGAGGCCAGGAUCUGUGGUGGCAGCCAGAGCUUUGCUUUUUGAGAACCCAUCAGCUGGAAAAGCUCCUCCUAUGGGAAGAGAUGCCAAAGCGAUAUAUUCCUGUAAAGCUGAGGACCGCAAUGAGCUGAGUUUCCCACAGGGGGCGCACUUCUCAAAUGUGUAUCCCUCAGUGGAACCCGGCUGGCUCCAGGCGACAUUUGAGGGGAAAACAGGACUCAUUCCUGAAAAUUACGUGGUCUUCCUGUGAAAUCACCCAGGCGAAGACGAGUAUUUCAUGGUAUCCAUGGCAACAUCACCUUCCUAUCUAAAGCUUUUAAUAUAUCACAAGCAUUAAGGGAUCAAUCAUAGCUCAUGUGACAUCAAAAAGUGAUAUUGAAUAAUAAAAGGUUAGGGCCCGGUUUCACAGACAUGGCUUAAGGCUAGACCCAGACUAAAAAGCAUUUUUGAGCUGAAUAUUCUGUCAUUUACUCAAGUUGUUACAAACCUGUAUACAUUUCUUUGUAUUGCUGAACACAAAUUAAUAAAAUAAAUGAUAAUAACCAAACAGAUCCGGGGCAUACGAAGCCCUUAAGGGCACAUGGAGCAAAAAUUAAAUAAAGUUUGGUUUCGCGUGCGCACGUGAAACUAUCGCUUGCACACGUGAAACUAUCACGUGCGCACGUGAAACUAUCGCGUGCGCACAUGAAACUAUCGCGUGCCCACGUGAAACUAUCGCGUGCGCACGUGAAACUAUCGCGUGCCCACGUGAAACUUUCGCGUGCGCACGUGAAAUUAUUGCGUGCUCACGUUAAACUAUCGCGUGAAACUUUCGCAUGCGCCCGUGAAACUUUCGCUUUCAAGUGCGCACACUAAACUUAAAAAAAAAACGUAAAAAAAUCUCCACAUGAAGGUUUCGCGUGAACAAAUAAAACUAUCGCGUGCGCACGUGAAACUAUCGCGUGCGCACGUGAAACUUUCGCUUUCAAGUGCGCACACUAAAUGAAAAAAAUGUUUAAAAAAUCUGCACAUGAAGGUUUCGCAUGAACAAAUGAAACUAUCGCGUGCGCACAUGAAACUAUCGCGUGCUCACGUGAAAUUUUCGCAUGCGCACGUGAAAUUAUUGCAUGCUAACGGUAAGCUAUUGCGUGAAACUUUCGCAUGCGCCCGUGAAACUUUCGCUUUCACGUGCGUACACUAAACUUUAAAAAAAAAACGUAAAAAAAAACUGCACAUGAAGGUUUCGCAUUAACAAAUGAAACUAUCACGUGCGCACGUGAAACUAUCGCGUGCGCACGUGAAACUUUCGCAUGCGCACGGGAAAUUAUUGCAUGCUCACGUUAAGCUAUCGCGUGAAACUUUCGCAUGCGCCCGUGAAACUUUCGCUUUCAAGUGCGCACACUAAAGUUAAAAAAAAAACGUAAAAAAAAUCUGCACAUGAAGGUUUCGCGUGAACAAAUGAAACUAUCGCAUGCUCAAGUGAAACUUUCGCGUGCGCAUGUGAAACUUUCGCUUUCAAGUGCGCGUACGAAAGUUUCACGUGAGCACGCGAAACUACACUUAAAAAAGUUCUGCAAAUGAAGGUUUCGCGAUGUCACAAUGUCACCUUAGGGACUCGGUAGGGGCACCAUUCACUUCCAUAGUAUUAUAUUUUCCUACUAUGAAAGUCAAUGGUGCCCCAGAUCUGCUUGGUUGCAAACAUUCUUCCAUAAACCUUCCUUUGUAUAAACCAGAACAAAAAAAUGUAUACAAGUUUGUAACAACUUGAAGAUGAGUAUAUGAUGACAGAAUUAAAAAAUUUCGGUGCACUAUCCCUUUAAAUGUCCUAAUUUAAUCCUGGUUUAAUCUAAACCAUGUUUGUGAAAUCAAAUCUUUAUACUUUAUGAUACGCAAGCUUUAAUUGUACAGCACAAGAAUGUGUAAUGUCUAAAUCACAGCUGUAAUUCUGCAUAAAUACAUUUUAAACUGUAA